ACUCAUCCCCUUAGUGUCGAACUGUUACUGUUAGUGUUAUACAACGCAGUACGGUCAGAGACUAUCCUCUUCGACAUCCGGGUUCUGUUGCUCUGACAACCACCGUAAGCGUCCAUAACUGUGCUGUGGGACGACAACAAAGUUGCCGUAGUUUAUCAAAAUGCCUCCAAAAAAGAAGAGUGGCAAGAAAGGGAAGGGGAAGAAGGGGAAGAAGUCAGGAAAAACCCCCACUGUGAUAGAUGGCAUUCCCACAGAAGAGAUGUCAAAGGAGCAGUUGGAGGAGCUCAUUCAGAGGCUACGUGAAGAGCUUGAGAGAGAAAGAGAAGAGAGAAAUUACUUUCAGCUGGAACGUGACAAGGUUAACACAUUUUGGGAAAUUACAAAACGGCAGUUGGAGGAGAAGAAAGCAGAGCUCAGGAACAAAGAUAGAGAGAUGGAGGAUGCUGAAGAACGCCAUCAAAUAGAGAUCAAGGUGUACAAGCAGAAGGUCAAGCACUUGUUGUACGAGCAUCAGAACAAUAUCUCGGAACUGAAGGCCGAAGGCUCCGUGGCUCUGAAGCAGGCUCAGGAUGGUCACAAUUCGUCUGAGAUGGAGCUCCGCAAAGACAAGAGAGCACUGAAGGUGGAGCUCAAGGAGCAGGAGCUAGCUCAUGAAGAUGUCAUCAAGAACCUGAAAAAGAAAAAUGAUGAAAACAUGACCUCCCUUCGCAACAGCUUUGAGCGCCAAGCCAAAGAAAUCGAGUCAAAAUAUGAGAAGAAGAUGAGGGCUCUUCGUGAUGAGCUAGACUUGAGAAGAAAGACAGAAAUUCAUGAGAUUGAGGAGAGGAAGAACGGCCAGAUCAACACCCUUAUGAAGAAUCACGAGAAGGCGUUCAGCGAUAUUAAGAAUUAUUACAAUGACAUUACAUUGAACAACCUUGCCCUUAUCAACACAUUGAAGGACCAAGUUGAAGAAAUGAAGAAGAAGGAGGAGAGAAUGGAGAAACAGAUGGCUGAGGUCAUAGCUGAGAACAAACGUCUGACUGAACCGCUACAGAAAGCCCGUGAGGAAGUUGACGACCUGAGGAGGCAGCUGAGCAACUACGAGAAAGAUAAAGAGAUGCUUAGGAUGACAAAGGCACGUCUCAAGCUGUUGUCUGAAGAUUUCAAGUCGCUCAAAUGGGAACACGAAGUCUUGGAACAGAGAUUUCAGAAGACUCAGGAUGAAAGAGACGAGUUGUACCGCAAGUUCAUCAAGGCCAUCCACGAGGUGCAGCAGAAGUCCAACUUCAAGAACCUGCUGUUGGAGAAGAAGCUGGCUGCUCUGGCUGACACCUUGGAGAAGAAGGAGGCGCAGCUCAACGAGGUCUUGUCUGCAUCCAACCUGGACCCGACCGCUCUCACAGUGGUCACCAGGAAGUUGGAGGAUGUUCUGGACUCAAAGAACAGUGCCAUCAAAGAUCUCCAGUAUGAGUUGGCACGAGUAUGCAAGGCACACAACGACCUGUUGCGCACUUACGAAUCGAAACUGGGCCAGUUUGGUAUCCCGACUGAAGAACUUGGGUUCAAACCUCUUGAGAGCACUGUUGGUGGUCAGACUCUUGGCCAUGGCCCGGCUGGUUUGGUCUCCGCUCCAUCUUAGGGAUGUACACAGCAUUGUUGUUUUGCUUUCACAUUUAUUGUUUCUCCAUAAGGAUGAUACGGUGAUUAUUGUUUCCGUAAUUGUAGCAAUGUGAGGGGUACUUGUGGAAAAAACCGUGGGUGAUUCUUUGCGUGCUUCUGCUGUUGUAUGAGGAAGGAGGAAUAAAGUAAAUUAAAGGGGAUUGCUUGCCUCAAUGUACAAUUUCACAAAGACCCCUAAUGGAGAUAAUUCAUUUAGAGCCAAAUUUAGUGAUAAUUUUGGGCUACUGAGAAUUUUUAAAGAGGAAAUGUUCGUUUAUGGCUGUUUGCUCGAAGACUGAAACUGACCAAAUUUUGGUGUGCUCUAGUGAUAUUGAAUGUUUUAGCAUCCUUAUUAUAGGCCUGAAAUUUGUUGUUUUCUUUCUUUUCGUUUUUCGAACAGUUGAAGAAAAGUGUGUAAAUUAAAUAAACUACAUUAUAAACUGUUUGCACCAAGAUAUAUUUUUGUAAAAAAUAAUUCGCAAAUUUAACAAAAUGUGUUUUCUUCUCUGGAAAUUAAGAUAGAUUCUACAUUUUUUUCCUGAAUUUUUGAAAGAGUAAGUUACUCCUAAAUGACUGGGUUCUCCACGGAAAGGGAUGAGCAAAGCACAGUUGUUGGUGUUUGCACAUGGCACGUCAAAUACUGGUCCUUGACUCGUGGACAGGUGGAUGUGUGACAACACGAUUUUCUAAUUCAAAUUUGUCUCAAGGAUUAGGUUCAUGCUGACCUUUUAUAUCUUAUGCCGACAGGUUUUUAUUUUUUUCCCAUAAAAGUACAGUGUGAAUUUUUGCAAGACCAAACUUUUAAAAUAACCAUGUAGCGUACUUAGAGUCCUUAAAAUGUAACAUAGAAAAGCUUGGAACAAUUUCUAUGUUACUGAAAAUGUGAUAUGUACAUAUAUUUGCAAAUAAAGUAACACUUUUGUGUA